UAUUAUUUUGCGGGGAAGCAAAUGUAAAUUGUUGACUCAGUUGUUUUGAGCAAAUGCAAAUUUUUAAAGCUGUUGAAUGACAGUAAAGUAUUUACAAGCGCACGAAUGGUACGUAUUCUCUUUGUUCAUCCUGAUCUGGGGAUUGGUGGCGCAGAGCGGCUAGUUGUGGACGCAGCGCUCGCGUUGAAAGCACGAGGACAUGAAGUCAGUUUCUUGACUAAUCAUCAUGACCCAACGCACUGCUUUAAAGAAACUUCUGAUGGCACUUUGCAGGUGCAAGUCGUUGGCGAUUGGUUGCCACGUAAGAUUUUUGGCCGAUUCUAUGCACUAUGUGCCUACUUACGCAUGAUGUAUGCUGCCCUAUAUGCUUCUUUCGUGCUGUCGCACCGUGAAAAUAUUGAUGUUUUCUUCUGUGAUCAAAUCUCUGUUGGCGUGCCCAUAUUGAAACUUGCCAAAAGACGACCAAAAAUAAUUUUCUACUGCCACUUUCCUGACCAGUUAUUGAGCAUUCGAGAAGGCUACCUUAAAAGUGUUUACCGGGCGCCAUUAAAUUAUCUUGAAGAAUUUACUGUGGGCAUGGCGGAUGUGACGUUGGUUAAUUCCAAAUUCACCUUACGAGUUUUCGGUGACACAUUCCAACGUUUAGAUGUGGUACCCGACGUAUUAUAUCCAUCUCUAAAUACUCAAUACUUCGAUGCAAUGCAAAAUAAGAUCGCAGCUAUGCCAAGCAUGGAAUUCGGAGUGAAAGCAUGUGAAGAAAUACCGCGUAAUGCAUUCAUCUUUCUGGAUAUUAAUCGAUAUGAACGAAAGAAGAAUCAUGCUUUAGCUUUGCAUUCCUUUCGUUUGUUGAUUGACGCCUUGUCAGCUUCGGAUUCGAAGCGUUGUCGCUUGAUCAUCGCUGGUGGAUACGAUGAUCGUGUAGUAGAAAAUGUGGAGCACUACAAUGAGCUUCGUCAGAUAGUCAGCAAGUUGGAACUCCAAGAAAAUGUGAUAUUGCUGCGCUCUCCUAACGAUGAUGAGAAAUUUAUGUUGCUUCAUAAAGCACACUGUCUGCUUUAC